UAUCCUUAUUGUGAAGUCGAGCUUGCAUCAUGGCCGUAUUUCAGUAAAUCACCUGUCGUACCUGACAAGCGCAGGCGCCGGCUGACGGCUUCGCAAAUCGCCAGUAUCGUUCUAAACGUUGCGUCGAGCGGACGUUGUCGUUUACCGCGUUCAGUAGAACACGUGUUGUUAGUAAAUAAGAGACAAUUCGCGCCGGUCGUGUUUGUGUUAUGUGGGUGUUGUGCUUGUGUGCAUUGGAUUUGCUCAGACCUCCGUGCCUGACGAUUAGAGACGCUUAAACUAAAAUAGUGCCCCGAAGUGUGUGAAAACAGUAUUGAUGGAUUAAAAGUGAUAUUGAAUUAGGGUGUUUUAGUUAUCAAGAUGUGUUUUCGAAGGGAAAGUGGAUUAACAAAGUGAGAAUGUGCGUGAGGUGAUGUGGGACGGCCGAGGGCCUGGUUUGGUGAACUUAAAAACAUUCCUCUACUAAAAAUCCUGAGCCAGGGCCCUACGGACAGCACUAAGGACUUGCGCAAAAUGACCAAGGGCCCUAGGAAAGUGAAACUAGUCAUUGUAGUCAACAAUAAGAAAGACCCGCCGACAUUCAAGACGCUGACGCCGACAUCUCGUACACAGCUCAAGCAGCAGUUGAUGCGAGAACAUGCGCAGGAGCAGCUGCGCAGAGAAUCAUUACAGACACAACAGGGUCAGUCAAAAGAAAAUGGCGAGGAUAAGAAGAAGUCGAGUCCGACAGAUGUGCCUCGUAUCACGCCGCACGUCGAAUUGCCACCACAAGUAUUGCAGGUGCGAACGGUUCUGGAGAACCCCACCAGGUAUCACGUGAUACAGAAACAGAAGAGCCAGGUGCGGCAGUACCUGAGCGAGUCUUUCCAACCUCAAGCACAGGUGACUUCGGGAGGGCGCGGCGCGGUGCAGUCAGCGCCGGAGCUGUGCGCAUCCCCCGAGCGCGCCUCCAGCUUGCUCAGUCCCAAUCUCUGCUCAUCAGCCGUUAACACUUCUGAAACGGAUGAGUUCCUGGAGGAUAUCCUGUCGUUGGACAGUGGCGCAGCUCGCUCCUCCUCCGGCCCUCCCUCCGCCGCCAGCUCAGUGGCCGGCGACUGCGCACUGCUCAGUGACGCAGACAUGCACGCACUCGCCAAAGACAGACAGAAAAAGGACAACCACAAUAUGAUUGAAAGACGUCGUCGUUUCAAUAUAAAUGAUCGUAUAAAGGAACUUGGUACAUUAUUGCCGAAGACAAAUGAUCCUUUCUACGAAGUGAUUCGCGAUGUUCGACCAAAUAAAGGCACAAUCCUCAAGAGUAGUGUUGACUACAUCAAGUGUCUACGAGAUGAGGUGAACAGACUCAAGCAGAGUGAGCAGCGACGUAAGCAGAUUGAACUGCACAAUAGAAAGUUGAUGCUUAGAAUACAGGAACUAGAGAGGCUAGCGCGUGUUCAUGGUCUGCCACUGGGGGGUGAGGGUUGGACUGGAGAUGAGGGCGAGGGGGGAGAGACGGGGGUGGGGGCGGUGGGGGGAGACACCACGCCUGCGCACACAAACACAUCUAAAACUCCUUCAACACCGGAGGUGGUUCUGCCGAAGCGCGAACCAGCCGCCAUGGAUAUUGGUGAUGCACCAGAUUUAUUACGUGAUAUGCCACCCCCUGACUGUCUGCCACCACUUGAUGCACUAGAUGGUCUUAAACUUGGAUCAUGUUCACCUUUAGAUAGAGAGGGUCUAUCAGAAGGUUUAUCAGAGGGUCUCUCUGAAGGUUUAUCGGAAGGACUCUCAGAGGGCCUUCCUGAGGGCCUCUCGGAGGGCCUUGGACUAGGCUGUUUAACUCCAGGCCUCUGUCUCGACCCCCCGCCUGAUAUGUUCGACCACAAGGACGUCAAGGUAACAGCAUUUUUUGCGGAGCAGAUGCGGCUGUCGCCUCUCCCACUGCUGGGGGUGGGGGGUGGCGCAGGGGGUGCGCUCAGUUUGGCGCAGAUUGAAGACCUCAUGGAUGACGACUCACAUAAUCCCGUCACACAAGGUGAUCCAAUGUUAUGUUCAUCACCGACCUCACUCGGCCUCAGCAAUGACACCAUGCUGCACGAUGAUGCACACACAUUCUCUCAUCAUCAAGGUUCGAACUUGCUUAGCGAAGGCCUAGGUCUAGGUACAUCGCUGUCUCUAGGCGACAGCUGCCUACCAGGACUACUGCUGGGCUCUCAGCCUAGACACCACCACGCCCCCCACUCGCCGCGCUCACAUCCCAGACCUUCCUGCUUCGAUAUGGACCUGGGGGCGUAAAAUACCCCCAUAUUAUCCAAGUAUAUUUAUUAGUAGGAACUCAGUCAGUCGUUGAAAAAUCUUAGGGGGUCUUAAUGUUAUUGUUCCCGCCCCCCUGAAUUAAUAAUUUUUUGACAGAUGUGAAAGUUAAUUUGCUUGCUGAUUUCUUUUUUAAUUAUUUAAAGAGCAAAGUAUUGUUUGUUAAUUUUUAUUUUCUUAACCGACCCCCUAAAAUAUUGCAACCCCCUAAAAUUUAUUAAGUCACUGUUUUACACUA